AUGCCAAAUUUGCAAAUCUAUCGGCAGAAAAUCACCCACGUCUGCAAUUGUCCAAAAAGCUGAACUCACCAGUCACCACGGAGGAAAAAAAAGAGAGGAAUGGGAAAGGCACAGAGAAGCCCCUAAUUUAUGGCUUUUUGCACCCGAACCCCAAUGCAAAGUGAUGAAGAAAAUCAAUGCCUUCUCCUAUCCACCACCAAACCUUGGUAGAGUGAGAACAAUAUACUCCGCCAGGGCGUCCUACAAGAGAAGAGGAGCCGGCAGAGAAUAAGAAGACCAGAAGUUGACAAACUUUUCCUGUUCUUCGAGAAGCCCAUUUUCUCUCUUCUUCUCCACUAGAUAGAGAAAGGGGAGAGAGAGGGAGCCGAGGAGGAGAAGAUCCCUCUCACCGUCAUCUGCUGGCCAAUCUAAUCUCCGUCGUCUGCAUCUGGGUCUGCUCCCGUCCAUGGCCUAGUGACGGAGGAUUGUAUCUCUGUCCAUGUGGAUGGCGAUAAAUUAGUACUUGUUUAUAGGUGUUGCUGUUUGGUUGGUUGGCCUUGUCUCCUUGUUUGAGGAAGUGGGGAGAGGCGGAAUCUUUUGUUGGAUCAUGGCAGUUCCAAUGCGGCCGGUGGGCUUCGCCCCCCCGUGACAUGGUGAGCAGUUGAGGGGACGGAUUAUCUCCUGUUCUUGGCUGCUUCCCUCUGUUCUAUUCUGGCCUGGCCGCCAUUGUUUCAGCGGAUGAGUUCGGGGUCGGAAGUCUUGUUCUUGGAGUGUGCUUGUGAUGUUGCGAUUUUUCAGAAAGCUCUGAUUUUUAGCGCUUCAUUAUUUGGAAUCCUUCUGGCUCUGUAGUUUGCUGUGGUCUCUUGUUGCUGACACUACCUGGACUUUUCUUCUGCUUAUGACAAAGACGAACUGAUAAGCUGGCAUUCGUAGAUCGGUUUCUUGGGAGAUACACAUACAGAAGCUUUAGGGUCGGCUCGUAGAAUCUCUCAGACACCGUCGUUUUGCAUCCGAGAACUUGGUCACUUCUAAGUGCAUUUUCCUUUGCUGCAAAAGGUGCUGAAUAAACUGUCUGCACAAGUCAGUGGUCCUUGAACUACAGGGACCUGAUCUGCAGAUUCUUCCAUUGGGUACUGUUUCAUAUUUGACCACUUUGUAAAUUAUAUGGGAAUAAAAGUUGAGGGUGAGACCUAUAUUCCAGGAUACUUUGACAUGGAAGAUUCUAGUGUAAAUUAUAAUGGCAAUGUGCUGCCGUAUCACAAGGAGAACAAACCAAGUGUGUUUCUUACUGAGAAGUUCACAAUAAUAGCUUCAAAUGGACGAGUACAUUACGACAAGGAAAUGAUAAAGCGGACAAUGCUUGUACAUGAAGCUACAUUCCGGAAACAGGUAUAUGAACUUCACCAGCUUUACAAAAUUCAGAAGGAACUAAUGGCACGGUUCCAAAUAGAAGAGAUCAAUGGUUGUCCUAGUUAUGCUGGUUUAUUGCAGCCAAGAUCCUCUCCAUCACAGGCACUGCUUGAUGAUGUUAAAGGAAUGCGAAAAACUGUGAAUCCUAUUUCUGGACAUGAUCCUAAGCAGUCAUGCAUCGAUUUGAUAAAUGAAAGUAGUUCACAAUAUAGUGUGAGUGGAACUCCUUUGAGGCAUAACAAUGUUAGGCCUCAAAAGAAAAUGAUUGACCUGCAGGUUCCAGCAGAUGUAUACACUGACAAUGAUGAUGAUGUGGAGAUAUUAGAAGUGAGGCCUUCCAAAAGAUUGCCUGGGGCUAAUGGGUCUGUUCUUUUAGGAAAUGUCAACCUCAGCCUUCAAAAUAGUGAGGGCUAUUCACAUAUGAAGAGUUGGAGUACUGAUAUACAAGCACAUCACAGCUCAACUGCGCAUAUACUGAAUAAACCAGUUGAAGAUUCAUCUAGUAUGAAUAGAUCUAAUUUUCUUGGUGUGGGAAUAUCUGCUCUGCAGAACCAUCAUUAUGCAUCACAGGGAGUAAACUUGAACCCCAUAAGCUUGGAAGCAAAACUAAAGGAACAAUGUGCUGGUAAAGCAUCUGGUUCAAGGUUCUUUGGAACAAAUGAGGAAAUAAGGAACAACAAUCCAUUUCAACACAGAAAGGAUGACUCCAACUCUAGCAUGGCAUUGUACAAACAAAAUUGCAUUGGUUCCUCAAUGGGGAAUUACGCUCCCAAUGCUAGCACCUUCAAUCACUCCAUUCUUUCUCCGCUUGGCUUCAACCAUGCACUGAAUCUUCCAUGGCAAAGCAACAACACGAGCUACUUGACUAAGAGUCAUUGUGGUGCUGCUGAAACAUUCAUUCCUAAGGAUGCCCUUUCCAAUGGUAUCUCAGUGGAUUCUACUCCAAAGGCGCCCUAUCAUCAUUCACUAAAGAUUCACGGAGGUGCCGGAUAUCAAAAACCUCCUGCACUACAUGAUAACCUGAAGGAUAUAGAUCUGAAUGACACACCAGUUGAUGUCGCUGCCACUUGGGAACAGGGAAGCGAGAAAUCAGUGGUUGAUAUCUCUUGGCUCAGCAAGAAACCAGUAAGCCUGAUGGAAUCACAAGUCCCAUCAAGUUAUGCAAAGGACCACUCCCAGAUUUUGCCAAGCCCCACAUUAUAUUCAGAAAGUAGAACUCCCACAAGAGUUCCUGCCUUCCCUUUCAGUGUUGGUGCUGAAAAAGAUUCUCGGUGCUCACCCACUCUACUAUAUGACCUAAACAAUGGACCAUCGAUUAAGCAUGAAACUGACAUGGAAAUUCAGUCCCUGUGCAAGGAAAGUGACACAGAUACUAGGAAUCUCAUUGACCUGAAUGAAACCUUGCCAAUAAUCGACGAUCCAGAAAUAGAGUCUCAUGAAUCAGGUGAAAUUGUUCCUCAUGAACCCAAUGGCCCUUCACAGGAUUCUAUCGCUAUAGCAGCAGCAGCAGAGACGUUGGUAGAAAUGUGGAAUAAUAGUGAUCGGCCUGCAUAUCAACCGGACAUUUUGCAUUGGUUUGCUGACCUAGCUAUAUCCAAAGAUAACACAUUGUUGGACAAGGACAGCGAUGACGACUUUGAGGCUGCAACACUGAAGCUGCGAGAAACAAAGAGCAACGAGUACCAUUCAACACCAAGAACCACCCAGGAGGAUAACACUAACUUUGGUCAUUGCUCUGCAGCUUCACUUGUCUCAAAACCUCAGAGAGGUAGAGGGCGAGGACGCCGACAGAGGAAACACUUUCAGAGGGACAUCUUGCCAGGCCUUGCGUCAUUGCCAAAGCACGAGGUAUCAGAGGAUCUUCGUGCGCUCGGAAGGUCCAAGCUAGUCACCCCGACGAAACGUGGCCGUAACAGGCAGCAACCGAGAGGGAGGCGUCGGGCAAGAAGCGUGGCUGUCGCCAUGGAGGUAGAGGAAAGCGAGGUCAGCCCACCACUGCAGGCAUCACCAUCUCCUGUCCCUGCUGACUUGGACGCAGAUGCAUUGGCAAUAACAAGGUGGGGAAGGACCACCAGACGUUGUCGAAGGCCGAGAUGCCCGCCGGUGAACAAUGCAUCGCUGCGUGUAGCUUGAGAGAGUUUUAGGCAUCUUAGCUGAUGAGAAUUGGUCAGAAUUCAGAAAUUCUUUUUUUUCCAUGACUAGUUGGAGGGAAAACUCGAAGUAGUAGAUUAAAAGUAACCAGUCACAAUUGUAUAUGCAUCUCAGCAUUAAUUUGGCUCCCUGGGACCUGGAUCGAAUCAAAACAGUUUGUACAUCUCUUUGAAAUGAACUCUAAUCCUAGAGAAAUGCACAGAAUUAGCAUUUCUACGAGUUUGCUAGAA